GGUAGACGUCAAAAUAAGUUAGGUUAGAAAACCCAAAUUUCACAGUGACAUACUCAAAUUUUGUAAACAAGAGAGAUAAAAAUAUUUAAUAAAUAUCGCUUACUAUUCCCGAAAUAUAUUGAGAAGAAAUGUCUGGAUCUAGUGUAGUAGUUUUAACGCCUAAUGGUCGUAGGCAGACUGUGAAAUGUACCCCAAACACGACUAUUUUGCAAAUUAUCGAGGAAGUUUGCAAGAAGCAAGGGUUUAAUCCCAUCGAAUACGACAUAAAACACCAUAAUAAAGUCCUGGAUACAACAGCUACAUUUCGUUUUUCCGGUUUACCUAAUAACGCGCAAUUAGAACUUGCUACGGCUCUAAAAAACCGGAUUGAAAGUGAUAUAACUUUAGCCGUAAAUUUAGAGAACGGCUCGAGAAUUACGGAAACGUUUAGACCGAAUGAUACUCUGCUUAAUAUUUUAAACCAAGUUUGUCCAGAGAAUUCUACUCCUGAUAAAAAUCCUGUGGUGAUAUACACAAGAAGAGAAAUAUACGGCAAAGAAUUGGAAAAUUGUACUUUAAGAAGUCUAGGACUAACAGGGGGAAGAGCUAUGAUACGAGUGUUAAAUAGAGACCCAGAUGCUCUUCAUCAGCAAGCUAAUGUAAGUGCACCACUACCAAGUAAACCGGUUGAAGAAAAACCAUAUAUAAGAAAGUUUCAACCGUUGGAGAAUGAGAAUAUAGCAAAAAACGGAACGGUGCCUGAAAAAACUGAAACUGCUCAAGAUAAAUCACAUGAUUAUGGAGUUGGUAGUAGAUUAGGAUCUAAUAAUGAAAAUAGAGAAGAUACUGGUACCAGUAUUAAACCUGAAAAAAAUAUCAAAAACACUACAGUAGACAUAUUAAAGCUGGCUAAAGAAAAAAGAAAAUCUCCAGAAACUAGUUCAAACAAGGAAAUUCAAAAAGAAAAGAAAAAAUUUAUAAACAAACAGCCAAAAAAGGAAGAAGCGCAAUCCAUGGACGUAGAUGAUGCUAAUACGGUAACUCCACAGUGUAUCCCUCAAAAAAGCAUAGAGGAGGAAUUUCUGUUUUGUGGAAAAAGAAAUGGAAUGAUAUUUUCUUUAGAAUCAGCAAAUUCAGUCCCAAGUGAAGACUUGCCAGAUGAUUUUUUCGAACUUACCAUAGAUGAUGCUAAAAAGAUUCUUAGAGAUGUCAAAAGAAAAAGAUUUGAGAUGGAAAAUCAAAUGUUGAAGACAUCUCAAUUGAGAAGCUUUGAGGAAUCUAAAAAACAAUUGCGCCAACUUAACAAAUACAAGAAAACAAUUAUAAGGGUGCAGUUUCCUGAUAGAACGGUUAUACAGGGUACUUUUAAACCAACGGAAACGGUACAGGACGUUUUAGACUUUAUUAGGGACUAUUUAGAAGAUGCAAGUUUGGAUUUUUAUAUUUAUUCUACACCACCAAUAUGUAUUUUGAAGAAGGAAAGUAGGUUGAUAGAGGUGGGAUGUGUUCCUGGAGCUCUAUUAUAUUUUGGCAUUAAAGAGGAAAGGAAAGAUGGCUAUUUGAAAAGACAGUUUCAAACUAUGGUUACGACUAAUAGUGUAGCUAGUUUGGCUGCCGCUAGAAUAAGGCAAGACAAUACAAGAGCUACUCAGGAUGUUGCGGACGACGACGACUCAUAUAUGGAAGUAGUUGAUAACACGCCACCCGUAAAUUAUGGUGCCAGCACCAGUAGCGAUACACCAAACAACUUUGAAAGAAAGAUAGUGAGUUCAGAAAAUUUCCCAAAAUGGUUUAAACCCCUAUGAGAAUUUAUCGAUUUACAUUAGUCAGUUUUUUCUUUUGUCUCGACUUUAUACAAUUUACCGUGUGCAAAUAUAUAAAAUUAAGAAUUAAUUUAUGCUUUUUUAAUGGAGCUUUUGUUUGAUUAAAUUUAUUAGAUUUG